AUGGCACACGUGGUCCCGGUGGCAAAGGCGAGCGUGGUUCUGACAUUGAGCACAUGCCAGCACCCUGCAUCGGCGCAUGCUUUCUCCGUGCCCAUUGAUGAGAACAUGCUGGCACACGCAGCUUCGCAAAUUCUGCAGCGGGCCAGCGAGAAAUUGGGCUUCUGCCCCGAGGACGUCCUGGACUUGACAACCUCUCUGCAUGAUCCACGGGAGAUGCCUAGUUUGCGCAUUGGAGAUCGCUGUUGUUGUGGAAAAGUAGAGAUGCGCCGAGAUCCGAUUGCCGAGGCGAUGCAGGAUCUACUCGAAGAUGCUAGAAGGCAAUUACAAGUAACCGGGCUGAGACCGCGAGUCGUGCGUGUGCUGCACGUUGCACCCAGGGGACCCAGUACCGAAAUCGUUGCGCCUUCUGCACCUCCGAGCACGAUGGAAAGUGAGGUUUUGCUCGCGCCCACCAGGCAAUUCAGCCAACCUCAGCAACCCCUGGAUAGGCAUGAACUGCAGCUUCGCAGGAAGUCUCCUAGAAGCCUACGCCAGGAUGCGCAGUCCUUAUGGACCGCGCUGGAGAAGUCCAAGGUUUACAUUCCCCCGGUACCAGAUACACCGGUCGCGUAUGACCGAUUUCACUUAGAGCGACACGGGCAUGGAAGAGGCAACACGAAAAGUACCAAGAAGAGGAGAAAGCGAGAGGAUCGCGAAACUCUCUGUCGCCUUAUCCUUCACCUCGAGCAGAUCGCCCUUGAACACGGCGUGAAAAGGUCUCCCGAAGAGCCAGAAGCGGCUAACUCCCUGGAGAGCAGCGACUCCGAGGACUCCGGCAGUUGA